AUGACGCCGCUCGGCACAUGCGAGGAUGGGGGCGACCACGUGAGAAGCGGUAACUGUGGAGGAAGCGGCGACUGUGUGGGAAGCGGUAACUCGGUAGGAAGCGCCAACUGGGUAGGAAGCGAAAACUGCUUGAGAAACAUAUUCCAAUGCACAGACAAGAAAAUAAAAAUCUUCAAAACAUACCUGAAGAAAAAGCUGAAGGUGGAGUCAUACACACUGGGGGAAUACUCACUCAAGCAUGACGAAAAAUUCCGGAGGAUAUUCUUCGCGAAUAUUUUAAAAGAACAUGUCAUUGCAAAGAGAAAGAAAGACAAACUGUUCAUCCUAAAAGAAGUAAUCAUGGAUAAAACAUUUUUCGAAGAAAAUUUUUACUAUCAAUAUUUUUUACAAAAUGUUUUACUGCUAGAAGACUUAACUUUAAAAAGGCUGGAGGGGAAUCACCAUGGGGAUUUUUUUUUCAAAGAGAAAAAAAAUGAUAUACUUAAUUGGAAACAGGGUUAUAGUCAUGUAAAAAAAAAAUUAAAUGAGAAGGGAAUUGAUCAGAAAAGUAAAAUUUACAAAAACUCCGUACUGUUGUUUAACUCCACCAAGUUUUCCUACGAAGAUAAAAAUUGUUGUGACUAUUUUUAUAGCUUAAAAGUUUGGGACAUUUUCUUUAAUUAUGUUUCUUUCGAUUUUUUAAAUUAUCUCCUGUCGAAUACUCUUAUUUUCAUAUCUGACUUUUUUUUUAUUAACCUGAGUCAGAAGCUGCCUGUGCAGAAUUCCUUCCUUGUCCUAGUUAGCCACGUUGACCUCAAGUAUGAAGACAACAAAGAGGUCCAAGACACGAUAUUUUCCAAGAAGAAGAAGCUCGCAUAUAACACCAAACAGGUGAAGAUCCUUUACCAGAGGGACCAGCCUAGACGACCCCCUGAAAGAGCCCUUCUCAGCGAGCCGACCGACAAAGUGGUGAAUUUCCACUCAAAUGGGAACCCCCCCCAAGGGACGCCUUUCCCAUUGCAUAUAAAUGAUACUCCAAAAAAAAGGGACUUACACAGAGAAGAUGACCAACUAGAGGGAGACCCCAAAGAGAAAUUCCAAUCUGUUAGUAAACCCGAUUGUGCAAAAGGUGCAAACAAAAGGAAGAUAGACCAAUGGGGUAGCGAAGAAGAAGUUACAGCAGGUAGGAAGUGCAAGAAGAAGAAGAAAACGACUACAUGCGAUACUUCAAAGGAGGGAAAACAAAUAGACCACUUAAAAUAUGCAGUGAAAAAUAAGGAGGCGCAAAGAGAGGGAGCCAGCUGUGCAGAUGAUACACAUACUGAUGGCCAACAAUAUAAAUACUUAUUCAAAAAGAAAAAACAAACAGUGAGGAGGAACGAUGUUAACUCUUACGUUAAUCAUCUUUACCUAGUCCAGUGCAGUGGGAGAAUUAUCAAAAAUGAGUUUCUCAAGGAGAUGAAGGAGAUACAGAAGGAGAACGAGCAGGCGGAAGAGGUCCAGGGAGCUCACAUCGAAGAUUUGGAAAACGGGAUAGAAGCAGAAAAUGGAGAGGAGGAAGAACCUCAGAGAAAGGUACUCCCACAGAUAAGCUUUUUUUCUGAUGGAAAACCGGAAAUGGGGCCAGGGGAGCCGCUCAGCAGCUGGAAGUGCAAAGCACCACAGGAGGAGAAGAAAAAGUGGAGCAAAAUAAUCAUCAAUCGAAAUAACAUCCUGCAACACAACACAACAAACAAGUACAAAAAUUUCCUCCUAAAUAAAACCAUCCUUUUCGACAAAAUUGAAAAUAUCCCCCUGUUCACAUACCAUUUGCUGAAUUAUAUUUUCAAAUCAGAUCAAAAAUAUUUUUUCCAUAACAACUUCAUAGAUGAAUAUAAGCAUAAAAUUUCCAAGCAGAUAAAAUGCAACACGAAAAAAAAUGACAUAUCAUUCCUUUUGCUAAGGAAGGAAAAUACUACACCAUCGAAUGUGUCACUGUGUAGUAGAAGUAAAGACAAACGAAAUAACGUGUCCGCUCGUUUGAAAAAAACGAAGAUACUCAAAUAUGUGUACUGCCAUUUUGAACAAUUCAUAAAAAAUACCAGGUAUGCAAAUUUCGAUAAAAUGUAUAGACAAUAUUUUCCAAAAAAUAAAAUGAAAAAUAAAAUUGGAAAAAUUUUUAAAACAAUUAAAUCACGAAUUAUUGAUAAAUAUAAAAUUGUCUUCAUAAAAAAUGUCAAAAAAUUUGUCCUACUUAAUUAUAAAGAAAAUUUUACCAUGGACCAAAUGAUGAAGCACGUUAGGGUUAAAAAUGUCUUCCAAAAGAGGGUCUCCCAUAGGGGCGAGAACAGGCAUGUGAAAAAGAACGUCCAAGUAGAUGCGCUGGAGGGGAGUGCAACCCAGCUGGUAACCCCCACACUUCCCAAUCCGUGUUCUACCGAAACGCGUCAUCAAGAAGAUAAGGCGUGGAAGCCAAAGAGGAGCAGAAGCAGCAGGAGGAGGAAGCAAAUGCGGUUCUUCGACCCGGAGAAAGACACGUCCCUAUUUGAAACCCUUAGGAGAAAAUAUUUGAAGAAAAAAAAAAUUAACAUAGCUAUUUUGAAGAGGCAUUUCCUAAACAGACUCAUUUAUUUCCUAUUCAACUAUUUCAUCAUGCCAGUGAUUAGGAAAUAUUUUUUCCUCACCAAGUCGGAGCACACUAUUUAUAAAACUAUUUUUUUUGAUAGAAAAUUGUGGAACUAUUUCACCAAGGUUUCUAACUUUUGUUUGUAUCACCAGAAUUUCCGUGGUAAGAAGUUGAAGCGGAAGGAGGAGUCGGCAGGGAAAGGACGCACACGCGGUGGGGAGCUCAAGAGGAGGAAACUCCAAAAGGGCUAUACGACAUCCAAUGGGAGACAACUCGAAAACAUCAGCGCACGAAAAGGGGUAACCAAACAGGCAGGUAUAUGGACCUCCCCCCGUGUGCUCCAAAUCAGGGGGAGACAAAUCCAAAAGGGGAAGGAGCGCCUACCCGCACUGCCAAAUGGGGGAGAAAAAAAAAGAGAAAAGCGCCAAAGUGCCCUAAUACGAAGCGGCAAAAAAAAGGAAGGCUUCCAAUGUGGAAAGAACAAACGAAGGGGGAGGUCCACCUCAAGCGAACCAAACAAACGAAUCGAAGAUCUAUACCAAAUGACCAUUCUGAGUAAAAAAACCGUUAGACCGUAUUUAACCAAGUUCUAUUACAAAGUGAAGAAGAAGUACUUCUCCCUCAGGAAAAGGUACCUCCUGCAUGGAACGAAGAUGAUCCCUCUGCGGGACAAACAAUUUGCACAGUAUAUACAUUUUGCAGACCAGAAGGGACACCUGUUCAGGUUUAUUUGCAAGCGAUUUUUUAAGAAAACGAAAAGGAAUUACGUUAAGCGGUUUUACAGAUUGGUCAAGCGGGUUAAGAGAAGGAUGAUGGGAAUAAAACGCGUCGGCGAGGGGGGGGCAAAACAAAGGAGAGACGACAAAACAGCCGCGCCUUGUGAGAAGAAUGAUCGGAUCAGAUGCACCAAAGUGAAGACGCCUGAAAGCGCAGUGAUAUCCUGGGGCACCACCCCGCGGAGGAAACCCCCCGAGAAGAAGAGGACGAACGGGAUGGAGAGGCCGGAUAGGACGGAGAAGGCGAAAAGGACGGAUAGGACGGAUAGGACCGAGAAGGCGAACAAAGCGAAGGCGAAAAAAAUUCACAUACACAAAAUAAAAAGCAUGAUAGAGAAGCGCAAUUUUUUACUCAAGCUGAAUUCAAUAAAUCGCUUUUUUUCGAAAAAGUUAAGAAUAAAUUGGGUGCCGAAAAAAAAAGGGCUAAGGCCGCUAAUAAAUCUGUCUACGCUGAACAUCCCGGAAAGUGUAAAAAAUCGAAUCAGGGAAAUUUUAAAAAAUAAAAAAAGCAGCGAGUUUUACUUCCACAACAUAUUGAAUAACAUGGAAAGAGAUAGCAAAGAAAAAAAAUCCAGGAAAAAAAAAUACAACAGAAAGAACUUCAACCCUGUGUCCUUAAAUCAUAUAUGUAAUUUCUCUUUAAAAUGUCUGGGAAAUGUGAGAAAUAAUAACAGCGAUUUAUUUCAAAACACGCUAACUAAGACAAACGAAACGGAGUUGAAGCUGAAGAAGUGGCUGGAUUAUUUGAAGAACUGGUUUUAUCGGAAAAAAAAAAUAAAAAAUAUAUAAAUGAACAACUCCCUCCUAACCUAUUACCCUGUUAACGUCCAAGAAUUUGGCAUACACUGCAUUAAAAAUUUGAGAGAGCUCAUUGUAAAAUCUAACUCGAAUAAAUCACACAGCUUCCUCCUGAGACAAUUCUUUAAAAAUACUUCUUGCACCGACUUGUAUAUUUUUUCAGAUUCCUACAAAAGUGUGCAGGUAGAAAUGAGAGACAUUUUCAUGACCAUCAUCACUAUCGUUAGGUACUACUACUUAAAUAUUUAUUUCAGCAUCAAGGAAAUAAAAAUGAAGUGGAAAAAUAUUUUCUACUUUCAGCUUUUUCAGCAUGAGAAAAGGGAAGACAUUUAUCGCAGCUUGCGCAGUAGGAGGAAGUUGGAUCAGUUGCGGCGGGGGGGGGGGGGGGGGGAAGCGAUAGGGGAGAAAGUGGUGCGGGAGGAAGUGGUGCGGGAGGAAGUGGUGAAGAAGGCAGCGGUGGAGAAGGUCGCGGUGGAGAAGGCCGCGAUGGAGCAGGGGGGUGUUAUGGAGAACCCCUCUGAGGACGCCACACAAGAAGUGGGCAGCACUCCGCAAAGGGGGCCUUGCCUACCAGACAGCCGAACCGCAAAUAGGGCGAACUCGCUCGAAUUGAGGCAUCUUGCGCUAAGCACCGCCAUCACCACGAGUGCUGCCGAACGUGACGAUGGUGAAGCUGGUGAAGGUGGUCAAGGCGGUGAAGACUGUGAAGGUGGUGAAGACUGUGUAGAUGGCAAAGAUGGCAAAGAUGAGAGGGGGAGCCCCACUAAGUCACCGAGGCAGAACAAAGACCAACUGGUGGGUCGCAGGCCAGGGGAGAGUGGCAGCGAAAUGGCAGCGUUGACAAAAGGGGAAGGGGCAAGCAUAACUUGUUCAGAAAGGACCGCUCCAAAUUGCGUCGAUAGGAGAGUGGCCAAUCUCCCCGAUAGGAGCGCCGCCAACUUCCCCGAUAGGAACGCCGCCAAUCUCCCCGAUAGGAGCGCCGUCAAUCCCCCCGAUAGGAGCGCCGCCAAUCUCGCUGAUAGGAGCGCCGCCAAUCUCGCUGAUAGGAACCCCCGAGGAGAGGCAGAAAAAAACGUCCGAACGUACGCAGAAAAAAAUUUCCUCACAUUUCAAGACAAAAAAAUCAUCAGCGAUAUUUGUGGACUACCACAAGGAUUCAGUUUAUCCAACAUUUUGUGUUCCCUGUACUAUGCCUAUCUGGACCGAAAUGAAGAUUUUCAAAACAUUCUCUAUUCGGAUAAAGAUCAAGCCACCACCUCUCAUGAACAAAAAAAGAAGACAAACGGGGUGAAUUACCAAAAUUUGAAUUCUCUGCUAAUCAGAUUUAUCGAUGAUUUUCUUUUUAUAACUGUUAAUAAGAGAAAUAUGAAGAGAUUUAAAAAACUUUUGCUGACUAGGAAAAUUUGGGGGGGGAAUAUAAAUUCGUCCAAGACAAAAAUUUUCAAGCUUCCCCUUAUUUAUAGGAGUAAUUUAUUUUUGGAGAAUAUCUGGAGAGCGAGAGUGGUAUCCCUGGGAAAGAGGUGCCUUAGAGAGGGGGAGAAGCGCCCAACUUUGUCGAAGCAACUGUACGCAUCGGGGCAUCCGCCUGUGCUGAGCACUGAAUGCGCUUCGCCGGACCCGUACCUGAUCACCCCAAAGGGGAAAAGCGGGACCCCUUCCAGCAGCACUGUGAGCAGCGAGGUAAGCGGCGCGAAACGGAGGAAGAAGCCAAUCCAUGAGCUCAGCGCGAAAGGGAAGAGGAAGCCAAUCCAUGAGCUCAGCGCGAAAGGGAGGAGGAAGCCAAUCCAUGAGCUCAGCGCGAAAGGGAGGAAGAAGCCAAUCCAUGAGCUCAGCGAGACAAUUCCAAGCGCCCCCCUGAGUGAUAACUUGGCAAGUCACACAAAAUGUAGCACCUCCAGUGGCGAACUCCAAAUGAGGGAUACCUCACGAAAGGGGACUGUCAAAAUGGGGAAGAAAAAAGGGGGGGGAAAGCUAACCGAAGCGCAAACUAGUAAACUAAUGAAGGAGCUGCUCGAAAAAAGGAAAAGGCUAACAGGAAGAUCAUCUUUUAGAGGGAGGCAAAAAAUUAAGAAGUACCUGAAGCGGUUGAGGCGGUUGAAGCGGUUGAUGCGGUUGAAGCGGUUGAUGCGGAUGUCACUGAUGCCGAUCGAAUGGCUAAACAAUUCAUACACAUUUGACUUCAUCAACAACUGCGUGCACAGCAUAUCGUGCCAAUGGAAAAACAAACAAGACGCAACAAUUAGGAACCAUCUACACCUAAACAAUGUCAUCGUAGAAAAAAACUGCUCAAUAAAUUACAUGAAAUUUUUGGUGGAAAAUAGAAUCAUGAGAAAUGUCAUAUCUAAGAUGAAAAAAAAUAAAAUGAUCUACAGAAAUAAACAGAAUACCUACUUUGCUUACAAAAAUAAUUUCAUUCUCCUAAAAAGCUCCAUCUUAAAAUUUGUUUGUUCUAUUAAAACGUUGAAGAAAAUGUUUAGUGCUUUUUACAACGAUUGUUACUAUACGAGAUUUGUGUUUCAUUUAAUUUCAUAUUUGAGAAAGUCACUUAUAAAAAAUAGGAAGAUUAAAUUUGUCAAACUUUUUUUGGUCGAUACUGCUAUGGAGGCAUUACGGUACGCUCGGGUAUUCAAUGCCAGCAGCCCGCUUUUCCCAUGUCUUAGACGUCUGAGAACUGUCAGGAGGAGGCUCAUUAAUCGGUACAAACGGGGCAAUAAACGGAGGAACACGAAAAACCAUUUGGUUCAAUACUAUGGUCUGUUUGGUCUCCUCCGGGAGGAACUGCGCAGCACGUGGCCUUACAUGUUUAAAAUUCGGGACGACGCUUCGCCCGUCCACCCACCGCGGUGA